AUGGACCUGGACCAUCUGUAUAAUGCGUCGCGCAGCGUCACUGCUCUCCAAAGCUCGGCACGGACGAUGUGGUUCACCGGCGUGGUCAUCGCUUCAGUUUACGGUGUUAUCAGCGUGUUGGGGCUUAUCGGCAACAUCACGCUCAUCAAGACCUUUUGCUCGGCCAAAUCCGUCCGAAAUGUGCCCAAUCUCUUCAUGUCCAGCCUUGCGCUCGGGGACGUUUUACUGCUGGUGACCUGCGCUCCGGUGGAUGCCAGCCGCUACCUGUCAGAGGAGUGGCUGUUCGGGAGAGUGGGCUGUAAGGUCAUCCCCUUCAUUCAGCUCACCUCGGUCGGGGUGUCUGUGUUCACUCUUACCGCCCUCUCUGCUGACAGGUACAGGGCCAUCGUGAGGCCUCUGGACAUCCAAACCUCAAACACCACUACCAGCAUCGUGCUGCGAGCGGCGCUCAUCUGGCUCUUCUCACUCGUCCUGGCGAUCCCAGAGGCCGUCUACUCCGACCUCAUCACCUUCAACGUCACCUCCACCAAUGAGAGCUUUGUCACCUGUGCCCCUUAUCCCCAUGCUGGAGAACUGCACCCUAAGAUCCACUCCAUGGCCUCCUUCUUAAUUUUCUACGUCAGUCCUCUGCUGGUCAUAUCUGUGUACUACACCUUCAUUGCCCGGAGCCUGAUGAGGAGCGCCUCAAAUAUUCCUGUGGAGGGGAACGUGCAUGCAAGACGACAGGUUGAAUCAAGAAAGCGUUUGGCGAAGACAGUGCUGGUGUUUGUUGGUCUCUUUGCAGUGUGCUGGCUUCCCUGUCAUAUCAUCUAUUUAUACCGCUCCUAUCACUACUCACAGGUGGACACUUCCCUUCUUCACUUUGUAUGCAGCGUUGUAGCUCGUAUCCUGGCGUUCACCAACUCCUGCCUCAACCCCUUCGCCCUUUACCUGCUGAGCGAGACUUUCCAGAAGCAGUUCAACCAGCAGCUGUGUUGUUGCUGUCGCGUGAUCUUUAAACGCUCCUCACAGAGCCCGAGUCGUUACAACACACAUGUGACGUCCGUCCGCAGCUCACGGCACUCCAUGGCCAGUCUGAGCAUGAUCAAUGGCAGAAAAGUGUAUCAGGAGGAUUGUGUGUAA